AUGGAAUUCGGGGUCAGACAAAUUAAUGAUCUAUGGUUCAUCUCGAGAAAGGACUAUACGGUGAUGGUAAAGAGGAGGAGCAGCUCGUGGAUGGGUGCAUUUUGUAUCAUCUUCAUGCUGGAGAUACAUAUACCUUCAUUGGAGUGGCGCAGCUCCAUAUCCAGGAGGUCAAAGUGGUCAAAAGAGUCUGUCCGCCGCAAGUACCUGCAUCAACUAAGGCAGAUCUGGUCAUCAGAGCUGUCUGGUCAGAACAACGCGAACUGCGACAAAUAUCGUAACAGACAGCUGGAAAAUGAGAUGCAGAAGAGCAGAGGACUUAGAGAGUUCUCUUGGAAGACCCUUAUUCUGUCUGUCCGAACCAGAUCACCAGAGGUAUUAAAUGUCCUGUAUGCAGCAAAUUUGUGAUUCCCGAUGAUAUAGAAUGUCACUUGGUUAUGUGUUUGACCAAACCAAGGCUUUCCUACAACGAAGACGUACUGACUGAUGAUAAAGGAGAAUGUGUCAUAUGCUUAGAAGAAUUGAGCCAAGGAGAUGUAAUAGCCCGCCUUCCUUGCCUAUGUAUAUACCACAAGACAUGUAUAGACCAAUGGUUCGAGGUAAAUCGGUCCUGUCCGGAACAUCCAGCCCUGGCAACAAUACUGCUGAGUACUACCUGAGGCGACAACCUGUCAAAAAGCAGGAUCUAAUAACGCCAACUUGAGUCGUAUGUGGUUGGUAGGAUUUUCGUUGAUGUCAACCGUUGUGACAUUUAGGGAUCUUCGAUCUUGCCUAAAUGGGAAAAUUCCUUCAGACGCCCGUGCAAUCAGGUAGGGAAUGCGCCAAACAGGACUUACGAAGAUCAAAGGGAUCGACAGUAGCUGUCGCUUCUGUGACAAUAUAACUUAUACCAACUGUAUCUUAAAGAGUCGGCAUAACAUAAUCUGGUUUUUAUAUCCUUAGAUAUUGUAUUGGAUGUUAGCUAUGGUUUCGUUUUUAUUUUUAUGCCUGAUCAAAACCAAAAUCAAUCGUUUCUCAAUCAAACUGUAUUACGUUAAAAGAUAUAUUUUUGAUACUAUCGUAUGACAAGUAUUCUUUUCGAUUCAUUACUUGGAUAUAUAAGUCUGUGUUAGUUAGUAAUGAAUAAAUAAUACGCAAGUGACUGAGUGGCACUGUUAUAUACGUUUAACAAUACAGGUAGAUUUUCUGAAGGCAUAGCGAGUGCUUUUUCUAUAAAGAGUUCAUCAAUAUCUGAUAUACAAGUAUGAGGAUAAUUGUGAUAUAUUCGUAGUAUGUUAUCGAUAUAACAUUCCUUUAUAUCCUGUAAGUCAAAUUGGCAAUAUUUAGAAGAUGUUUCACAUCUAACCAAUUUUGUUACAGUGAGUUGAUUCAGAAGUAGGCUGGGUGCCCAAUAACCUUGGCCUGUUCCAAAAUAUCUAUCCAAGCAAUCAUUAAAAUUAUAGCUUGUUGAUAUAAGCUUUUGAGACUAUGUUGAAAAUAGCUUGGAAUUUGUUAAAUACGUCGGUAAUUCCAAGUGUGAACUCCUAUUUUUCAAGUACAAAUACCUAUUUCCAGUUAUUGAUACAUCAUUGAAAUAUAUGUUAUUUUUCUAUAUAAUUGCGUAUUGCAUGCAUUUUUUUAAACGCGGUGCCUGCUCGCCGCCAGGUACUUGGAUUGUUAAUGUAAAUGAAUGUUUUUUUACUUAAAAAAAAGGAGACCUCACCUGUGGAGUUAUUGUCAUAAUCAUCAGGUGCAAUUUUCUGUUUGUUGUAGUGAAUUUGACAGGAUUACUUAUAUUUCCAGUCAUUAUGAAGGAAAUUGUAUAAACAACUGUUUCAACAAUAAAAAUGUAAAUAUGAAACGUGUUUCUUUCAUAUUCAUAAGCACAGUAACACUAACGAAUUGACUUUUCUCAGCUGCCCAAAUAGUAUACUGGGAUCAUUAUACUGGUCCAACGUUGACCAUACAUUGCUUGUUAAUGAGAAUAGUAAACAGGUUUAUUGCAUCUGAUAUAUCCUUCGCCAUAUUUCAAUUUGGCAAGCUGGCCUACGAAAGGCAAUGAAUUUGAUAAUAAACAACUUGAAAACCGUUUUCCCUUCAGAAAUCACCUAAACAGUCUCUGGAAGAGACUAAGUACUGCUUAUUGGCGAUUACUAUGUAUGUAUAUUGGUUGUGCUAUAUUUAUGAAAUUUUGUAGCAGCUUUUUUAUACAAUUGCUUAUUGAAGGCAUGUGAUUUGAACGUUUUAGAAAGGGCGAUUUGAGAUCUUUUUUUAAAUUACCAUUCACCUUAUGACAGGUCUCAUUACAACCUGAUUUUCGUUGGGUAGUUAUGGUUAUAAAGUACUUGUGCUCAUUAGUUAAUUAUUUACAAAAAAUGUUUUCUAGAAUUUUUGGCAAUGCAUUAUUUAAUGAGUCGAAUAAACAUACAUUUGAGUUUGCAUUACUUACUACUAUACCGCUAUACGAGGGUAGGGUGAAAAGUUAUAGGCCUGACAAUGGUAGACCGCGAUUUUUAAUUGAAAAAUAUCCUUUUUUUAUAUAACCAGUUCCCUUCGAUUCCAACAUACUUUGUCUAACGUUUCACCAACAUUAGGAUUACUGCUCUGAAGUGGAAGGCUAUCAAAAUAUUUACGAACUUGUCAAUUGUUUCAUCGAGCCCAAAGCACUUUCCAGCGAGAAAGUUCUUCAAAUCUGGAAUUUAGGGGUUAUCCAUCCAACACGAAGACUUUGGUAAUAUCAAGAUAUCAAAUUUAUCCUUUUUAUGAAAACCACUGAAGACGUUCUCUUCAAAAACGAGCGUAGACAAACUACUUUUAACCAAUUGGAGUGCCGAGGUUGUGUCAGGCCAAGAAUAUUGCACCUUUCCCUCGUACAUUUACAGUAAAAACAAAUGGAAUUUCAAAUAUAUUAGUUUAAAAUCUUUCAAAAUUCUCCCUAACCGAUUUAAGACUAGAGAUACUGCAGCAAGUAAUAAGACCGUCUGAUUCUGUAGCAGGUAAAAUUUACUGUGUGGUUGUCUCUCUGAUUCAUCUCGAUUUAUUAGUUAAGCAAUAACUGCUAACGCUUCGGUUGCUUUCGCAGCAUUUUCUUCUUAAACAUAAUUCAUUCGCUAAGAUGCGAUGAACUAUAAAAAUGUGUUACUAUUAAUGUACCAUCACUCGAUGCGUGUAAUUCUUUCAAUCCAUUGAAAAAAGAAACGUGAUCUCAAAACUUCUUCUGACUGAAACAUUCAUCUGCUGUUUGUAAUAUAGGCUAAAUAUAUAUCGAACUAAAAUGUGAGAAUAAAAUAAUGUGUGCUCGUUUUUCUGGAAAAUUUUAAUCAGCCUUAAAGUUUUCGUUUUAAAGCAGUUGGACGUGCUUCAUCGAGCAAAUUGAAUAGCACUUGAAAUUCUUCAUUUUAGAAAAUGCAUGGUUGACAUUUCUUCUAAUUUUCUUCAGCAUGGAGAAAUCAGGCGCAAUUUAAUUUGGGCCUCUGAAUUUGCAUGGGUCUGCGAUUAAAUUUUUUACGGGACCAAAUUUCGUGUCGGCCACAAUACAUUUCUUCUGACGAGUACAUUGUUUUAUUUUUGCAAACAGUAAAAUUUUAUGGAAUGCGAAGAAAAAUAUGUAAACCAACCAAAGACAUUUUUGUUAACUUGAUUAAAGAUAAGGUGCUAAUUCUGAGCUAUAUUCUAUAAUUAAGUUUCAUUGUUACCUAUAUUUUUAGAUGAAAUAAUAGGGUUUCUGUUUAACCUGUUUUUAUAUAUGUUGCAACGGAAUACUUCUUCUAAAGAAGUGCCAUAUUUUGAUUAUAUCUAAGAUGUAGCCCCGUAGUUGAAUAAACUGGUAACAUUUCCUAUA